UCUAAGAGUUGAGAGCACAGAGGGUGCACCAGAAAAACAGAGAAGGAGAGGAUGAGGAAGAUGAUGAGGAUGAGGAUGAAUGAGGGUGAGGGUGAGGGUGAGGGUAGUGAACGGAUCAGCCUUUUCGACAGGCCUCAAAACGAAAUAAUGAAGCUCAUUUUUGCAGUUAAUUACCUUGUUCCUGAUGAGGGCCAUGCCAGCUUUGAUGUUCAUGCUAUUUUCUCGACUAGUCAGAAAAUCAUUAAGGAUUCGGCCAACAUCAUUCACAAUAUUAUUGAGCAGGGCAGCGGAUUUAAUGAUGUUGAAACACCCAAAGCCAGCUCCAGCUUGUGCACUCUUGUUAACUCCUUUGGCUGCAAGACGUCGUGUAAGAGUCCAGGUGAUGAAACUGCCUUUGAAUCACGUACGGAAGAAAUACUUACAAGACUAUCAAGUUAUCCAUGUGAAGUACAGGUAGUAUUGGCCCUGGCGAUUUUUGCUUUGGAAUAUGAAGAAUGUUCCAGCCAACUUUCCAAGAAAUCGACAACGCUGAAACGCCAAGAUGCAGUAGUCGAGCUUAACAAUCUGGUCAACCAAGCGUUACAAGUGAUUGAGCACAUCCUUGAGUUGGAGAAACUAAUUUCUGGUGAUCGAGACAGUGAACCAAAAUUGGCGAGGGUAAUUAUGGAUACCCCAUUUAAUGCCUUCUGGUCAAUCAUAACUCUUGUAGCUUGCACAACUGAGCUCUCACUUCUUACCGGUGACGAGGACAUUAAGUCAUAUGAUCUAUCCCCUUUUUCUCAAAAAAUGGGCUUCAUCCUCAACAAGCUUGAUGGACAGCUUACAAUCUGCCAACAAGAAAAAGAGGAGGCAAAGGCCAAGGAAAAGUUUUGGGAACUUAUACGCACUGCCCCUCCUGAAAUUACCGAGGUUUUCCAAAGGCUGGUUCUUUUCAAGCAUAAAGCGUAUCCGCAGCCUCCCAUCAUCAGUGUUAAUCCCACUAGCAAGGAGGUUUUUAACAUCGAUGCGCUAAGGGGGAAGUGUGUGUUAUUUUACAUUUCAAGCCUGGACAAUGUUUCUGAUCAAGAUAUUUUAUGUCUCAAAGAAGUGUAUGAGGGAAUCGAUAGGCAUAACAAGCGUGCGAUUGUGUGGAUCCCUGUUGUUGAGGACUGGACCGAAGGAGGAGAAGAGCAGUUUAAGGAAUGGAGGUCUAAGAUGCCAUGGUACGCGGUGCAAUAUUUUUUGCCCCCGGCCAUUGGGUACCUUGAGCAGCGGUGGAACUUCAAAGGUAAUCCUAUGGUGGUCGUGAUGAACCAGACCGGAAUUGUGGUAAACACCACCAUAAUCGACUUGAUUCGGACACAAGCAACGGAGGCAAUCGCUUUGCUUAACCUUGAGCGGCGGGUGCACAUCAGAGGUGGUGCCCUGUUUGUACCGACUGCUGAAGCCGUGGAGGAGUUGAAGAGGUUAACUUGUCCUCAGCAAUCGACGCCUGUCCUUCUUGAUGGUUCUAACAAGCAGGUUAAUAUCGACAAUGAGCUGAAGUGGAAGCAUCUGUUUUUGUUACUCUCCGACGUAGGCAUUGAAGAUUGUUACAUUUCAUAUCUCAAGCCAGUUUAUGAGGGAAUAAGAAGAUACGAUGGGUAUCGGAUUGUCUGGGUUCCCAUUUUGGAGCAGUGGAACAAAGACAAAGAAAAACAACUUGAGAUGUCUAGGUUGAAGAUGCCGUGGUACACAUUGAAGUGUUUUUCAACCAUACCAGGCAUCAAGUACAUGAAAGAGAAGUGGAAUUACAAGGGUAAGCCUGCGGUGGUGGUGAUGACCAGUGAAGGUAUCGUGAAAAAUGAAAAUGCUUUCCCCUUGAUUAAGAAACGUGCAAUGGACGCCUUUCCUUUCUUUAAAUGAGUUAUAUAAUAUCAUUACUACGGUGGCUACACCGCGUGCCGGUAAACUGUGCAGCUGCCUAUUAUUCCUAAAAUAAGGAGCAGCUUUAUUGUAUCUACCAUCUAUAUCACCGUCCACCCGCAUGAUGUAACCUGUGGUUAUUAAUAUUUGUGAACUUACAUCUAGAUAUUUGCUUGGAUAAUCGGAAUCACUAUUUGAAACGAAUGUUUAGCUUUCA